AUGCCCUCCAGGAUUCAUCGGCAUAAUCCGUACGGUCAUUCCCACGAUAAUUGCGAUGUGGGAGACGACUAUGAGAAUCCAUCAUCACUGGCUACCGAGGGCCUGUCAUGCGGCGUUCGGGGACUCGCCGCACGGCCUGAGGAUCCUCGCCCUGGUCCCAUGAAUGUUGGGUUUGCCCUCGUUCGGAUUCUCUGCUGGUCUUCUCAUCCAUCACGACCAGGACAGCAGGAGAUCAUCAUCCUCAAGAAUAUCAACCAUCAUCAGCAGCAUCAUCUUCAUAGCAAGACUAAUACUAGUACUAAUACUAAUUAG